AUGGAUGUCAAUCGUUCUCAACUUAUAGAUGUGCUCGAUUUAGGAUCGCUUGAAGCUGAUCCAAGAGAAAGGAUACCUAUUGCUGAAUAUAACCCUCGAAUUCGGGAUGAAGUGAGGAGACAUUAUAUUCAAACAGGACCUUGUCAACCUUUACUGAAAAAAUUUCCUACAACUCAAAUAGGAAAUAGAGGUCGUCAAUUUGUUUCAAGUUGGUACAAAGGUCCACAUUCUAAUUGGUUGGCGUAUAGCAUGAAGAAAGAUGCUGCAUAUUGCCUAUGUUGUUAUUUGUUCAAAAAUGAAUUUGUACAUGGAAUUGCGGGUGAGUUUUAUACGAAAAAUGGUUUAAGGAGUUGGAAUAGGGCUCUUGAAAGGUUCCGUUUGCAUGUUGGUGAGGUUAAUAGUGUCCAUGAUAAAUGUUUCAAGAAGAUGCUAGAUUUGUCAAAUCAUCAUCAAUCAAUUCAAGUUGUUCUUGAAAAGCAUUCCGAGAAGGAAAAAAAUGAUUAUCGAAUGCGUUUGAAAGCCUCAAUUGAUGUGGCAAGACUUCUUUUGCACUAUGGGUUGCCUUUUCGAGGUCAUGAUGAAAGUGAAUCUUCAACAAAUCAAGGCUUCUUUUUAGGAUUUUUGCGAUGGCACGGGGAUAAACAUCCGGAUGUGGGAAAAGUGAUAUUAGAAAAUGCUCCACAAAAUGAUACUUUGACUUGUCCUAUGAUCCAAAAAGAUAUUGUCCACGCUUGUGCAAAAGAAACGGUGAAAGCUAUAAUUGGAGACUUGAAUGGAGAUUACUUUGGUAUAUUAGUGGAUGAGUCCAAAGAUAUCUCACACAAAGAACAAAUGGUUGUUGUGUUGCGGUAUGUUGAUAAGAAUGGUGAGGUGGUAGAACGAUUUAUCGGUCUAGUGCAUGUUAGUGAUACAUCGGCAUGCUCGUUAAAGAAGGAAAUCUACUCUUUGCUUUCUAAUCACUCACUAAGUCCGUCCAAAAUACGUGGGCAAGGUUAUGAUGGAGCUAGUAAUAUGAGAGGAGAGAUAAAUGGUCUCAAAACUUUGAUUAUGAAAGAUAGUCCAUCGGCAUAUUACAUUCAUUGUUUUGCUCAUCAAUUGCAAUUAACACUUGUAGCUAUUGCUAAAAAACAUGGGGAUGUUGAAGACUUCUUUGAUCAUGUUACUAAUGUGUUGAAUGUUGUUGGAGGAUCUUUUAAGCGUAGAGAUUUGAUUCAUCAUCAUCAAGCUGAAAAGUUGGAGCAGUUACUUGAAUCAGGUGAAGUUCAUACUGGACGAGGACUAAAUCAAAUGCGCGGACUUCAAAGACCAGGUGAUACUCGUUGGGGAUCACAUUUCAAAACAUUAGAUAACUUUAUUAUUAUUUUCUCAACUAUUGCUCAUGUGCUUGAAGUGAUUAAACAUGAAGGUUCCACCUCAAGUGAUAGAAAUCAAGCAAAAUAUCUUUUGACUGAGAUUAAAACAUUCAAGUUUGUUUUUAUGCUUCACUUGAUGUUGAAAGUGUUAGCAAUGUCAAAUGAGUUGAGCAAAAUUUUACAAAAAAAGGAUCAAGAUAUUAUUAAUGCCGUGGAGUUUCUUAACAUUGCAAAAGAAAGAUUGCAACAUAUGAGGGAAACUGGAUGGAGGCCUUUGUUGGAUGAUGUUUCCUCAUUUUGUGAUGCACAAGAUAUUUUGAUUCCCAAGUUAGAUGAGUCUUAUUUUCCUGGAAAGUCAAAGCGUAAGUCUUCUGGUGUUUCUUAUUCACACCACUUGCGUAUUGAAAUCUUUUGUGCUGUGAUUGAUGUGCAACUUCAAGAGCUUAAUGAUCGCUUUGAUGUAGUGAGUAGUGAGUAG